AUGAAGAAAUCCAAGCCACCAAAGGCAUUAAAAUGCGAAGAUGGGGUCGAUUUGAUCAGCAACAUGCCGGAUGCUAUUCUUGUUUUGAUUCUUUCGCGUCUUAAAUCCACAAAAACAGCAAUUCGAAGCAGCAUUUUGUCCAGACGAUGGAGGAAUUUGUGGACUGCAGUUCCAUCUGUAGACAUACAGGACGGAGAAAAAUUCAAAAAAAAUAAAUUCAAAGAGUUUGUGUAUUGGGUUUUAGCAAGCAAAACCGUAGAUUUGGAUAGUUUUCGUCUACGUUGUGAUGGUUAUUACAAUAUGUCCACAGUCUUGCGGUGGAUUCAUAUGGCACUCACGAGAAACGUCAAACAACUUGACUUGACGAUUUGCACUAAGGAGAAUGCUGAAGCUUUCGAGUUACCCCAUUGUCUGCUGAAAACGCUGAAUAUUUACUGUGAAGACAGGCGCUGUUGUGACAUUAAAAUUUCUUGCCCAAAAUUGGUGGUUUUGAAUUUAGAGGGUGAUAUAGCAUGUAAUUUGUUCUUUGAACGUCUAGACUCCUUAAAGCAAGCUAUGAUUGAGGCUACAUUCGAGGGCAACAGCGUACCUGUGCUGUUUCAUGGAAAUUCUCAUGUCAAACCUUUUUGGAAGAACCUUUACUUCCUGUGUAAGCGCAUUGAUGGUGCAUGUGAUUUGGCUCUACCUAAUUUGAAGACUGCGGUGCUUAAAACAGCUAUGGAUGCCUUCACUGUCGAUGAACUGAUCCAAAUUCUCAAAUAUUGUCCAAAACUGGAGAAUCUCAAGUUGAUCAUUACGAAGGAUUUUAAUGAAAAACACGAGUUUUUGUAUGAAGAUGGAAUAAGAAGAAUCAUGACUCCUGAUGCAAAAAGGGUGGAGUUUUUGGAAUUGAAUAGAGAAAAGCCAAAACUAGUUAUGGACUGGUGUGAAGGCCAUGAAAGCACAAAUGGGCGAUCUUGGACAGAGCUUAGGAAUGACCCAAGGUUUGGGCAACCAGUUCAAGCAAUAAUCAAAUUCCCAUUUUGCCCUCAUCCUUUAGAAAGCUGCAGUUUUGUAGACUAA